CACUCGAAAGAGAGAGAGAGGGGAUGAAUCAGAUGGAGGCUGAGGGAGAAUGGAGUGGUCUUAAUGGAAUGUACUGCUCUGAGGAGGCUGAAUUCUUCGAGCAGUUCCUCGGCAGCUGCUCCAACUCGAACGAGUUUGCAGGCUUCCCCGGCCAUGAGUCGAGUAUGAUGAUGAAUCAGGCCGGGAUGGACAGUGAUCUAAUAAUGCAUUCUUCUCCAUCCAACACUGAUGCUAACAUGUUCUGUUUUAGCAGUUAUAGUGCUGCAAGUAGCUUUCUGUUUCCCGGUUCCAAUCACGAAAGCUACUGUUGGCGCGAGUUUCAUCAAUUCCACGCUACGAAUGGUGACUCUAUGUCGAUAGAUUUUUGUACCGGGGGAGAACAAAACACUGGCUCACAGGUUGAGGCCUAUACUAACAGUUUGGUAGCAGAGGGAGAUGAGUACUUGAACCAAGAAAUGAGCAGUGGCAGCAUGGAGGAAUCCGGUAGGAACCUGCCUGAGCCGGUCCUCGACAGGAAGAAGAGUCCCCGGGCAGAAGAUAGAAUCAGCAUCCUGCCUGAGAACUCGAGCAAGAGAUCCCGGGUUCCAGGACAUGUCGAGAGGAGGAGGAACGUGAAGGCGAAGAAGAACCAGAAGCGCAGCAGCAGCAUCGACGAGGGGAACAAUGGGGAGCCUAACAGGCAGGCUUCGUCGAGCAGGAGCAGCUGCAGCUCAGAGGAUGGGGCAAAUUCAUGCCAGGAGCUGAAUGGGGGAGUGACUUCAAGUUCAAGCCCAAAAGGGGCUGCAGCUGCAGCUCUCAACUUGAGUGGCAAAAGAAGAGCCAAUAGAGGUUCAGCCACUGAUCCCCAGAGCCUCUAUGCUAGGAAAAGAAGGGAGAGGAUCAAUGAGAGAUUGAGGAUCUUGCAGAACCUUGUCCCCAAUGGAACAAAGGUUGAUAUCAGCACAAUGCUUGAAGAGGCAGUGCAGUACGUGAAAUUUUUGCAGCUCCAAAUCAAGCUUCUAAGCUCUGAUGACUUGUGGAUGUAUGCUCCCAUUGCUUACAAUGGAAUGGACAUUGGGCUUGAUCUGAAGAUCACAACACCAAAGUGAGGAUCA